AUGGUCGCAGCCGCAAUGGCCGCCACAGCAGCGGCUGUCCAGCAACAGUCUCCUUUUCGCGUUUCCAUCUUCUCUCUCGCAUUCACCUUUUUCGUCUUCCUCGUCACAGACCCGCUUCGACUUCGACCUAUAGCCUAUCUCCCCUUCCAGGCAGCACCUAUUCCCUUAUCACCGCGUCGACUACCGAUACCUUCAGACCAAGAAAAUCGUCUCGCCAAUGCUCAUAUCAGAUACGCGGGCGAGGUGUUCGGCCCGGAAAGCCUUGCGUGGGAUCAUGAGGGACGAGGGCCGUACGCCGGUGUCAGCGACGGGCGAAUCGUUCGACGAUCUCUGCAUGACAAUGGAUGGGAAACGUUCGCAUACGCGUCGCCGCACUGGUCGUCCGAACUGUGCGAUCCCGUCGCACGAGUGCAACCCUCCCCAUUCGCCUCCGCCGUCGCAUUUCUAUCUGGAGCCGUCGAUUCGUCUGCCGACGCGUCCAACAUCCACACCCAUCCGUCGCUCAACGGCUCGCUUAACCAUGCGAACUAUAGUGUAGGCCCCAUCAGCGGGCUUUUCCAGGAACUCGAUAGUAGAUCGGUUGGAUCCAGCAGUAUUGCCUCCGUCCCCGCUAUAGGCAGUGCGGUUAAGGGGCGAGUCGGGCCGAAGCUGGCCACGGAGCACAUCUGUGGCCGUCCGUUGGGGUUACGGUUUCAUCCGGUAACUGGCGAGCUUUUCUUUGCUGACGCUUAUUUCGGCAUUUUCAAGGUGGGGAAGAAGGGCGGGAAAGCUCGAGUGGUCGUGGAUCGCGUGGAGGGUCGAAAGCUACGAUUUGCGAAUGACGUGGCUAUUGACGCGGAUAACGAAAACGGCACAGUGUACUUCACUGAUUCGAGCACACGUCACCAACGACGAGACUUCGUCGUGGCUACCACAGAAGGCCAAGCUGACGGUCGCCUGAUGAAAGUGGAUCUAGCUACACGUCGGGUAACAGUGUUACUUCGAAAUCUCGUCUUCCCCAACGGCCUUGCGCUUUCUGAGGACAAGUCGUUCCUUGUCUUCUGCGAAACAGUCCUUUUCAGGUGCAGCCGAUAUUGGUUGAAGGGACCCAAGGAGGGAACUCAGGAGUUGCUCGUUGACCUACCCGGCUCGCCAGACAACAUCAGACUAAACCCGCGCGGGCGAUUCUGGGUAGCCAUGCACUCGCGGAGGCGCCCCCUUAUUGAUUACUUUGCCCCACGACCAUGGCUGAGGAGUUUCGUCAUGUCGCUUCCGGUUGACAUCAAAAUCAUCUAUGGCGUUAUGAUUGGGUGGCCACAUGGCCUGGUGGUGGAGGUGGAUGGUGAUGGACGAAUCACAGACGUUUUGGAGGAUCACAUGGGGCGCGCUGUCAAGGCUAACUCUGCGAUGGCGGCCUCAGUCUCCCUCUCGAUGGCGUCUCGCUCGGCCUUCGUUGCCAAGGCCAAUGACGCUCUCAAGCUGGGAAGCCCAGUUGCUGCGCAGAGCACUCCUUUCCUGCCUCUCCGAUCUCGCACCCACAACCUGAGGAAGCCUUCCCUCGGCUUGAAGUCUCAGGCAUGCCGGCUAGUGAAGACAUCAGCCGCGGUCGCCGCUCCUGUCUCCAACCCCCUCUCCGAUCCUCAAGAGAGGGAGAGAUUGGCGGAAGAGUAUGGCUUCCGACAAAUCGGCGAGCCCAUGCCUGACGAUAUCACGCUGAAGCAAGUCAUCGAUUCAAUCCCGGCCGAGGCGUUCGAGAUCAACGAGUGGAAGGCAUGGAAGACCGUCUUCCUAUCAAUUGCCGCGAUGGCCCUGGGAGAGGUUUUCAUCUACUACUCGCCAUGGUACCUUCUACCCCUUGCAUGGGCCUGGGCCGGCACUGCCUUCACCGGGUUCUUCGUUGUGGGCCAUGACUGCGCGCACAAGUCCUUUUCGAAGAACAAGCUGCUGGAGGACAUCGUGGGGACCGUCAUGAUGGCGCCGCUCAUCUACCCGUACGAGCCCUGGAGAUUUAAGCACGACCGCCACCACGCCAAGACCAACAUGCUGGUUGAGGACACGGCGUGGCAUCCCAUGAUUCCGGGCAUGUACAAGCGGAUGAGCCCCACUGCCCGUGUGCUCAUGCAGACCUUCAUGGGCCCCUUCCGAUUCCUUGCGUCCAUCGGUCACUGGUUGGUGUACCACUUCGACCUCGAGAAGUUCCGGCCGAGCGAGUUGCCACGUGUCAAGGUGUCGCUCGCUGCUGUCGGAGCCUUUGCGGUGAUUGGCUUUCCUCUUAUCAUUGCUAACUUUGGCAUCGAUGGCUGGUUCAAGAUGUGGCUCAUGCCGUGGCUCGGCUUCCACUUCUGGAUGAGUACCUUCACCAUGGUGCACCACACUGCUCCUCACAUCCCCUUCAAGAAGCAAUCCGAGUGGAACGCCGCUCAGGCUCAACUCGGCGGUACUGUGCACUGCGACUACCCGUCCUGGAUUGAGAUUCUGUGCCACGACAUCAACGUGCACAUCCCUCACCACGUGUCCCAGAAGAUCCCCUCCUACAACCUGCGGCUGGCCAAUGAUGCCCUGAGGAAGCACUGGGGCAAGUACAUGAAUGAGGCAACAUGGAACUGGAGGCUGAUGAAGAACAUCUUUGUGGAGUGCCAUGUAUUCGACAAGGAGAAGAACUACAUUCCCUUCGAUGCUCUUGAGAAAAGCGAGUCUCCAAUUCUUGCCGCAACAAGGAAAAUCAUGCCCAACACCUACACCAAGGGGCAGUGA